AGGAAACAGAGGUCGCUACGUUUAGCUGAAUAUUUUUUAGAAUUGUGUAAUUAAUUAUGAUAUGAAAAUUCAAUACAUAUUCACUAUAAUAUUCCAAACAAAUGAUGGCUAUAAAUAUUUAAAAUAUCAAAGAACUAAAACGUAACAUGAUGUAACGUCGUUUUGUAAUGGAUGACGAAGGACCCAUUAUGGUUGCACACACAGACAAGGCAUGUGAAAUGGAUUGGACAACAUAGCUAAGGCCAGGACGAUAGCUUCCAUAUUGCAUUUUUAAACCACUACCCAGUGGACUGGUAUCUGUGCAACUAAACAACACAAUGACAGCCCGUACUGCAGAGGUGCUGCUCGGGUGGGCCCUGCGGAUAUGCAACCACGGACGUCCAUGGCAACACCGUGGCCCUCAGAUGUUGAUGAUAGAGAGCUUUGACAGAGGACUGUCUCAUAUCUGGAGCACAGGACCAAGUCAUAGACCGUUGGCUGGACUAGCUAUAUACAAAGUGAGGUAUUAUUCUCAGGGUAAAACAUAUGGGCAGGACAUGGUGGAAAGAAAGCAAGACAACUCCAUACAGACUCAGAGCUCUGGAACCUGGUCUUCACCAAGUCGGACAUCCCCGGACCAGCCAGCCAAAAGGGUGCCGUUUUACGACCAGCUGAGGGAGUGCGUUUCCCCCUCGGAUGUGCUCGAUCUGGCCGGCCAGUACACAGCCACACACCGGCGGGUGAGCAACUGCCUGACGCGCUGCUGGGAGUCCACCAAGAAGAUGUCAGAGGAGCAGCGACGCUACGAACUGCGCAUUAUGUUCGAGCACGCUGGCUUCGAGGAGCUCCUCCAGAGGACCAUGCAGGACGCGCGGCACAUGCGCAGCGAGGACCUAGCCUACAGCCUGCUGGCCACAGUCAAGCUGGGCGUGUCGCAGAGCAGCCGCGUGGUCCAGACCCUCCUCCGAGUCUGCCAGGAGAACCUCAAUGAGUUUGAUGAGAAGUCCCUGUCAGUGCUGGCUUCCUGUCUGGAACACCUGGAGAGCAGCCCCAAUGGGGACGCACUGAAGGAGGGAGUCAGGCUAAUGAUCGAGGCUCUACUGCCGAGGAUCCAGAACGUUAUGUCCCUUCAGACCUUGAUGCGCCACAUGGGCCGGGAUACCCCAGUGGACAUCAAGAAAAAACUGGAGAGAAAGGCCCUGUCAUUGGCAGACCAGUUCACUCUUCCGAACUCCCAGUAUAUGAUCACUACGCUGGCCUCUAUGGGCUUCUGCUCCAAGCCACUGUUGGCCGUCUGCAGUAGGAAGAUUGCAGAGCACGUCCACGGAGUCCCCUUCCACCGCCUGGUGAGUGUGCUGAGGGCCUAUAAGGAGCUGCACUCCAGAGACGUGGCCCUGUUCACCGCCAUCUCUGACUACGUGGCCUCCAGCAUCACUAUGUGGAACAACAAACAGUUGAUUCUCUUCCUGUCUGCGUUUGAGGAUCUAGCUUUCUGCCCCACGGCCAUGUUGGACGCCUUCGCAGAGAGAGUGACUAAGAACCCGGACGCCCUGGGGCUCAAAGACGUCCUCAGCGUUCUGAAGACCUACUCGUCCCUAAACCACAACCUACAGGGCUACAGAGAGCCGUUCCUGGAGGGCGUGACCCACGUGGUGGUGUCCUACCUUCCCAAGAUGGCUGCCUCUGAGCUGCUGAAGGUGGUCUACUGCCUGUGUCUGCUGGGCCACUUUCCUGCCGCCCCACUGGAACAGCUGCUGCAGAAGGAGACACUGGAGGAGAUCAGUGCCAGAGGUGGGCGGCUACAGAAGGGGAUGGAAAAAAAGCUGCAGAUAGUGGACCUGUGCCUCAGGCUGGACCGACCUUCUCUCCCUAAGCCCCUGACCGUCCCUCCCGAGGCUCUGGGCUCUCCAGCCCCUAACGACCUGUCCAUUAACCCAGGGCUGUCUAUGACCCUGCAGAGCAUCGCCCAGGAAGGGCUGCUACAGGAGGGUGUGAUGGUUGAAGACCAAUACUUCAUAGAUGGUGUUAUAACCCAACCCGGAUCUCUACAAGAAGCCACAGGAGGGAGGGCACCAUCUGAGGGCGAGUUUCCGCCACCUGAGCACAGUCAAAGAAUUGCAGUAUUCUGCGCAUCCCCGUCCUCUUUCUGUUAUGGUACCUCCCGUCCCCGUGGAAACCUGGCUAUCAAGUUGCGUCAUCUGACGGUCCUAGGAUACACGCCAGUCGUGGUGUUGGAGCACGAGCUGGACAAUCUGUCCGAAGAGGAGAGAACAGAGCUCCUCAAAACACGGAUCUUUCCAGGACAGGAGAGACCUGCUAACGUCGAACAGAUGACAGACUGACGGACACCGAGAGAGUGGGGACAUGGCUCAUUCAGUCAAGAAAACCCCGACCUGGUUCUGUGGUCAGUCUGGUCACGAUCCUGUUCCGGUCCUGUCAUUCGUUGCACAGGAACUGCUGGUAUACUGAAUUGACUACAUGAAGACUGUUGUCGAAAAUAUCUGUGUGCGAGUGUCUGGACUUAACAGUUCACUGCGUAAUGUCUCACUAUUUAACUAGAAAGUAAAUGGGAACAAACUCCCAUCUGUCAUUGCUCCUCAUAUUUUUGAGGGAAUCUGUGUUGGAGCUAAAUGGACCCAAUCCUAAAUGGACCCCUAGACCCUACACCCUGUGCACUUGUGGAGAUCUGAUAUGAUUUGAUGGGUUUAAGCAAUACGGUGAAACUUCAACCUAGCCUAACAGAGGGCCAGUUGAAAUUAAUUGCUUAUACCCGUUAAAUCCUCUUACAUCUCCGGAAGUGCAUAGGGUGAGUGUCUAGGGGUUGAUUUGGGAUUGGACCUGAAAUUGUUCAGAUUGAUGCCAUGUCAUUGAAAUGUGUUGAGUAGAGGUGGUUAUGGGAACUGAUGUUGUAACAACGAAAGGAUUUAUAAUCACGACUGUCACUUAUGCUGAAAAUAAAAUGACAUAGAAACAGUCAUCCACUAUA